AUGGGCCUGGAGCUCUACCUGGACCUGCUGUCGGCGUCCUGCCGCGCCGUCUACAUCUUCGCCAAGAAGAACAGCAUCCCCUUCGACUUCCAGUUUGUGGACCUGCUGAAAGGUUACCACCACAGCAAGGAGUACAGUGAGGUCAACCCCCUGAAGAAGCUGCCCAGCCUCAAGGAUGGGAAAUUCAUCUUAUCCGAAAGCGUGGCCGUCCUCCUCUACCUGUGCCGCAAGUACAGCGCCCCCUCGUACUGGUACCCGCCGGACCUGCACACGCGCGCCCGCGUGGACGAGUUCAUGGCCUGGCAGCACACAGCCAUCCAGCUGCCCAUGAGCAAGAUCCUCUGGAUCAAGCUCCUGAUCCCCAUGAUCACAGGCGAGGAGGUUCCAGCGGAGAAGACGGAGGAGGUGCUGGCUGAGGUGCAGCAAAACCUGAAGCUGUUCGAGGAGCGGUUCCUUCAGGACCGGAUGUUCAUCACCGGGGACAACAUGUCCCUGGCCGACCUGGUGGCCUUGGUGGAGAUGAUGCAGCCCAUAGGGGGCAACCACAACGUCUUCCAGGCCAGCACCAAGCUGGCCCAGUGGCGCAUGCGGGUGGAGCUGAGCAUCGGCCCCACCCUCUUCUGGGAGGCCCACAACCGGCUGGUGAAGCUGGGCGAGUGGGACUGCUCCACGCUGGACCCGUCGGUCAAGGAGAGGAUCGUCGACUUGCUGCGGAAGUUCAAGUAGAGCAGCCCUCGUGCAGCGCCCGGCUGCUCAGCCCUCUGAGCCUCCUCUCUGGGGACACACACCGAAAACCACUGUUUCUUUGUCCAAUAAAGAACCGGAACCACCGCCACGGCUGCCGAGCCUGCGCCCUCGGGGUGGGCACAGGUCUGCUGUGGGAGUGGGUGGGAGUGGGUCCUCCCA